AUGUCGAAGUUGUCCAUCAUUCUGGCCAUUUGCGGAUCUCUGUGUCUUGCAGAGUCUGGAGAUGAUUUCUGUGAUGGGCUCAAUCAAUCUCCAGUCAUCAUUGAAACCAGAAGGGCUGUAAAUAAUCCCACAUUGGGACGUAUCACCUUCUUAAACUUUAACAAACCCACCCGCAACAGACUUGAACUCCUCAACAAUGGCGACCAAAUCCAACUCCGUGGAUUUAACAAGGUUGUGAGGAUCAGGAAUGGUGCGUUACCAGCCCCCAGCUACAUCCUGGACCAGCUGCACUUCCACGUGGGUGCCAAGGACGACAGAGGCUCCGAGCACAGCGUCAACAGGAGGUUCUUCCCGGCUGAGAUGCAUCUAGUGUUCUAUUCCUCGGACUACCGCAACUUUGAUGAGGCUAAAAAUAGGCCUCAAGGUUUGGCCGUCCUAGCGCCUUUGUUUAAGAUCAGUAAAAAUGACAACAGCGCCCUACAACCGAUAAUAAGACAACUGUGCAGAAUAUCAAGACCAGACAGUUCCAUCAAAAUCGAUCCACUGGCACUUCGUGGCUUGUUGCCAUGGAAUGUCAACAGGUUCUACAGGUAUCGUGGUGGAUUAACCACAGACCCACCGUGUUUCGAAAGCGUCGUCUGGACUGUUUUUAAGGAAUUUUCGAAGAUCUCAAGGAAGCAGCUCACCAUCUACCGGAAAUGUCUGUCAAGAAUUCUGGACAAUAUCCGCCCGAUUCAAAAACUGAACGGUCGUCUGAUUGAACAAACCCCAUAA